UGUCGGUUCAAGGAAAAACACUUUACUUUUUAUCUUCGUUGUUACUUUGAUACUUUAAAAAAAAAAUCAUAAUUUAAAAAUUUUAUUUAAAAUAACGAGGAGUGUCCAGUAGAAAGUGGUUGGUGCAUUUGAUACACCUAAAAUCUAGUGGUGAGAUCUGUGCUGUUCGGGAAUAUCUACAUGGCCUGUCCUAUUGGUUGCACAUCCCUUGGGCGACUUCCGUAUUUUCGCCUAAUUAACCACGGACAGGGGUUGUGGAUCGCACAAUGUCAAUAGUUGAGCUGUCGGAAGGCUGAAAGGUUGCCAUGUAUCUCUUCCUGAAGUUUGAACAAUUGAUCAAAAUCGUCAGCAACAUCGGCGUUGACGAUGAUUGUGUUCCAAUCGUCAAUGGAAAGGCUAUUACGAGGUCUCCCACAUUACCUACGACACCAAGACCAGGGGCAGAGUCCCCUUUACGCCAGCAACACCCCGUGCCCAUUGAAGCCAUUCCUUGGUUUAAAUCCCAAGUUGUCGAAGCAGUCUACAUUGAUUGUGGCAGUCGGGAUGCUUGCUGGGUCCCUAAGACAGUCAUGGACCAGCUUGUUACCGCCAUUCCUGACCCUCCUUCGGUGGUAGAAAUGCUGAAAAAGAAGAAAGAAGAGAAAGAGUCUACGCGAAAGAAAGAAAAAGAGAAGGAUUCUCCAAAAGUCUCUUUCACACCACCUACUGCCCGUCCACUCUUCAGACAAGGAGGUGGAGAGUCAGACUUUGACCCAACUGCUGAUGAGAUGUUUGAACGUGCCGAGAGGAUCCUUGUACAGUCAUCUAGUCAGAAGUUUUCAGAGGAGGAGGUUAUGCUGGAGUGUGCUCAACUACUGCACUGUUGUGUCUUUCCUGCCAUCAUCUUCCAGAAGGCUGACAUCCCUUUGCUGCAAGGCUGCACACGCAGAUGCACAAUCAAGAUACGUUCUUUGGAGAAAGAGAUUAUUGAGAAGGAAAAUGCUAUUACGGUCCAGGAGGUGGCACUGACCAAACACAAAGACAGGAUCAUUGCCACAGGUGAAUUUAGCAGCGAAUCGUACGUCCGUGCAUGUAGGCAGGAUUUUGUGGAUGCCUUUUAUGUUCAUGUAAUGAAAGAUGUUCCAGACAAAAACAUGAACUUGGAGAUUGUUCAGAGAAAAAUUAAUAACAUGCGUAAGAGUGAACCAGAUUCUUCUGAGCUGGAAAGAAUUGUGAAAGAGCGGGACUUGAUCCAUGAGAGGCUUGCCUUACUGAUGACCAUCAGAGAAACCAUCCGCAAUGUCUUGUACAGACCCCAUGUACCUAGGAAGAAGAAGCUAAAGAAGAAAGUGUCAGAGGAAAAUCUGAAUCUUUAUCAAGUGUUUGUUGAAACUGAUUGCUCUCUCCGGAGUUCCAGAGACGAGCUGAAACGGCUUUAUUAUCGCAAGUUACACUUUGCAGCCAUGCGUGAGGCCAUUGACAGUACAAUCAAGAUGGUUGAGUCGGGCAGUUUCCAUGGUUCUUGUGAUUUUAGUGAAUUCUCAGUCAUCAUUCAAGAACAGGGUAAUGAGCGAAGUAGUCAUACAUGGACCAGCUUACAAGGGAAGGUUGAUGACAUAAUGGAAACAAAAGAAUCAUCCAUCUACACCAUCCAUAUGGAACGAUGUCAGCUCAUUAAAGACCUCAUCCAGAGCAUUAUCAGUGACCAGAUGGUACCUGUGCGUCGAUCUGCUCCAGUGAUUCUCAAUGACAGCCAUAACAUGGAGCCCAUUAUCUGCCCAGGUUUUGAGACCGACCAGCUAAUGUCAACAUUUCCAUGUACCGUUAAAGCAGACAGUCAUUUGAGUGUAAGGAUUCAGCGUGCCACAUCAGAUCAGCUGAUCAUGUCUGUAAAAAACCAGGUUGUGUCACAUAUAUGGGAUAUUGCCAAGCGUGUUGUGAUAGAAGUUGGGCUGAACCCCAACAGUGCACGGCAUGCUAACCGUGCGUGGCUGUGCUACAUACCCUAUUUUUGCCACGAAGCACUGGAAACCUUUGAAGCAUUGUAUUCUCAUGUUCAUGGUGCCAAUGUGAGGGCACUUCACCAUAAUGUUGCAAAUUUAGCUUUGGCUGAUAUAGUUGACGACAAGUUCUUUGAAGAUUUUUUCAUGAGUGGUCUGGUUAGAGAGGAUGCUGAAUCAAAGGGUGAGGCAUGGGAGAUGAUUACAGUGCCCAGAGUGAAGUCCAGCAAUUCUCUGACUGCUGUUAGCCUGGACCUUCAGCGGUGUUCAGUCACAGAGCUAUAUGCCAUGGCAGACAGGGACUGCGCGAAGCUGUGUCAGGAGAUGUUGGAUCUUGAUCCACAGAGCAGGCCAUCAGAAUCACCUGUCCACGACAGUGGGGAAGACAACCCUGAAGGAAGCAGCUGCCAGCACAACAGCAGCAGUGAUACAGAAAACAACAGGCAGCAGCAGCUGUCCCGAACCUCCAGCAUUUCAGACAGUGGCGGCAGCAUCCACUCCGAUGAUCUUUUCUCUGACUUCUCAGAUAGUCCAGAGGUCUGCCAGAGGACAGAGAGUGCCAGCCUCAGAAGCAGUCAGACAGUACAGUCUGUCCUUGGAAUGUUUGAAUCUGUGGUGCAGCCCUUCAACAACUUGGUGCAACAGGCUGUGGAGUGUCCUGACCUGCUAGGCAAACUGCGGAUCAUUUGUCAGAGCACAACCUUCCUCAACCAGAAGGUAGAGCAGCAUUGUACAGGCCAUGGCAUGGACAGCCUGCUGCCCAUGUCCAUCUUUGCCACUGUCAGCCUGAGAGAGGAGCUGUUUGUUCGCUUCUACAUCCAGCUCCUGAUGUUGAUCGACCUGAAACCUGACUUUUUUCUUCAUUCCAUCUAUGACUUUAGUCUAACCAGUGCGUACACACCUUACCUGUUUCUUUUUGAUCGCAAAGUGACGAACAGUGUGGUUCACUCAUCUGUGUGAUGUGUGGUUUUUUUUUUUGGAUUUUCAAAUCUUGUCUCCUGAGCUACAUUAUUCCUUGUCCUAUCCAAUGAUGAAACUUUCCAGGAUCAACAUAGGCCAGAGAGUAAUAAUUCUGUUAAACCACGACAACAGAAUGGCAUAUUUCAGCAUCAUCUGAUGAUGUGUCCAACAGGGUGGUCAAAACAAGGUAGGACCCACUUCACAGUUUCAUGUUUCUCAUGGUGAUAUGGACAGUGCAACAGAAUUCAGUGGCACAAGAUUGUUUGACCAUAACUAGAAACAUUUCAGAAGCAAUGGGUUACUAACUAUGGUUAAUAAUUUAGUUCUUGUCUUUGCAUAGCAACAGAGCAUUUGUGCAGUUUAUUAGGCAAGCGCUUCAGUCAGAGCACAUGUAGUAGAGGUUUGAACUAUUUAGAUGACAUGACUUUAAAUGGCUUGUUAAAGAAAACCUAAUAUAAUUAAACUUCUGUAUCCACCACUGAUUUCUUGUGCUACACCAGGACUGGGGUCAAAAAUGAAAAGCAAACUGUAGAACAAAUUUUCACUUGUAAUUGUGCAUCAGUCUGCCAUCUCAUUGACAACAAUUGCUUUUGAGUUUUUUGAUCUUCAUGCUGCCAUGUGCCUUGUAACCAAAAUUGGAAGUACUUGCUUAAUAUGACCUCAGUGAAUCAACAACCUGCAUGUUAAGUAUGUGCUGGGUAUGAGAAAAAGCACUUUAUGAACUUAAAUGCUUAAAGAAAAUAAACUUUUCUCAUUAUGAAAAUGAUCAAAUUAUAUGCUGCUGUAUGGAUAUGCCCUUGUCCUUUUAUUUUCUCAGCCAUUAGUACUGGGCCUCAAGGUGAGACAAAGUCUUAAUACUAGACCUCACAUUGUGGAUACAGAGUGGGAGACAGGAACAUCGAAAGAAAGAUUUUUUGAGCAAAAACAAUGCCUGUGCAAUCUAUUUAAAAUGUCUUCCAGAUUUUGUGCUGUUGUCAGUUGCUUGAAAAUGGAGAUGUGUUUUUAAUUGAUUGGUGAAUAAUAGGACAAAAUCUGUGAUUAAGGGCACAGUUAUGUUUAUUCUGUUGUUAAACAAGGUGAAAGAUUUUUUUUUAUGUAAACAUAACAAUAUUGCACAGAUUUACAUUUGUAAAUAUACAUUUCUUCUUUUCACUAAUUUUAAGGAACUUUAAAUGAAUCUUGUACUUCGUCUUCCAUUUUGAAAUAUCUUUUGCUUGGAUUUCCCUUCAAGUUUACAGAAGUUUUGAUAAAUUGCUUUUAAACAAGAACAACAUAUUUUUGUAGGUUGUUUUGUUGUUUGAACAAAAGGUCUUCAUUUGCAUAUUUCCAGAUAGAUCAUAAACUGAAGAUGACAAAGGACUUUUAACUGAUAGGAUACUACAAGCACAAUUAUUAGAUUUGGGUGUAAAGUAUAACUUGUGAAAAUUCAGCUUAUGAUAGCAAUUUUAAAAUGUUCUUUGUAUCAGGGGAUGAGGCAGUUUGUUUUAAAAUUCUUUGAUCAAAGGGCUAUUUGCACAAAAGCAAGCCUUCCAUUCUGGUUUCUAUGUUUAAAAGCAUGGAGAAAAAAGAAAGCAUCGCCGAAAUCAUCUUUCUUUAUGGUAGUACUUGUAGCAUAAUAUACUGGUGGGCUUCUGAUAUGCAGUUUCUUCUGCAUUAACCCUUAUUUUCAUAUGCCAUUUAUUGCUAAUGUUUUAGCAAUCUUGAAACUGCUUUUGUGUUCCAAAAAGAAAACUCUUUAUGCGAGAGACUAUAAAUAUGUUCAUUAUGUACAAUAUCUUUAUAAGAGAAGCAUUCUUUUAUCCUCAAGAAACUUCUGGUAGUAAGCAAGUUCUUUAAAAUACACCCAAGUCUUUGUAAAGGCCAUUUUAUGAAAAGUAUGUUUUCUAUCUUCAAUAUUAUUUGACCAAAUUUUUCUUUUCCCUGAGGAUUUUCAUUUGAUGCACUGAUAACCCAAGUCUUUUUAUCGCAAACAUUUUAUGGGACUGUUCUUUCUGUAGAAAAUAUUGAAUUACCAUUGUCUUAACAGUGCCAAUGAACAAUUUUUAUGCAUCAAGCUGUAGAUGUAUUUUAUUAUUUUGAGCUUUAUAAAAGUUUUUUAUCACAUGUUGUUUGCUUAAAAUUUUGUCACAUUUGACUUGUGGUGUGAUGUUACCAUGUAAAAAUGAUCUGAAGCUGAAUAUUUUUGUGCUUCUAAAUGAAAGUGAUGCUAAGUGUCUCUUUGUUUUGAUUACAGUAAUACUUUUAUUCUUCCAUUAGGAACAUUCCUAAAGACUUGUUUUGAACAGAUGUCCAAUGUAUUGGUAAGAGGGUCUGAGCACCCACAUUUGUGAUCUUUGCGAUGAAACAGGUCCUUUCCAAAACUUGCAGGUCCAAGAGGUACAUGAUUGUUAAAGAUCUGAUAAAAUUUUUUCAAAAUGCCGUGAAGAUUAUAUCUGGAAAGUAAUGAAUGGUGCCAAGGGCUUCUACCGAAUGUGUUUAGCCAAAGGGCUUCUACCCAAUGUUUUAUACAUCCUGCUGCACCAUUGCACAUCAGACAGGAGUUUGGAAAGAGAUAAUGCAGCUAACGAGAAAUAUAAAAGAUUUUGUAAAAAUGUUGGCUGUUGAACAGCCAAUCAAAGAGAUAUAUAUUAAUGUUUUUGAUGUAGCUAGGUAAAGGUCUCAGGAUUGGAUGAUAGACUACUGUGUCCCGAUAAACACCUUUUCAAAUUACUUGCAAGUUGGUAGGGCAUAUUUUGGUUAUAUGUCUUGAUACAUGUGAUAUUUAUUUGUUUUCAUAUUUCUACGAGUUAAAGUAGCCCAUUAAUUGAAAAGGAAGCUAUGAAACCUUAUGGAAAAUUUGCACUAAUUGUUAUGUGGUACUGGUCUUUCUUCUCUCCAGCCCUUUUGAUUAAUUUGGGUCUCUUGAAACAUCAGUCUGCUAUAAAAUGGGAGUAAAUCAAUUUUAUUUAACUUCAUACUGCAGAAAUAGUAAUAACUUUUUACUUUGAUCAUAAUGUCAUGUUUCCAGUAGGUCCUUCGACACCUGAAAUGAUACAAAGAAAACAUCAUAGCAUCAGCUGGACCAAAACUUUCUCGUUCUUCUUCUUUUGAGAUCAUUAAUAUUUACAAUGACUAUUAAACUGCAUUAACUUCUGGGCAGCAAAUAUUGUUUCCUUUAUUGUUUAAGAGAAUUUGUUUGUUUAAAGAACAUUGUUUAGUGUGUUAAGUGCUGUCCCAAAGCUGACAUUGUGCAGGUUAAAGGCUUGACACAUUCCAACAUUAUUUGAACAACUUCCCACUCUUUGUGGGAAUAUUGUAUAGUUUAAAAUCUCACAUUGCAUCUUGUACUUAAACACUUGCCUGAUAUUUCAGGAAAUCAAGAAAUGGUGAAUGUUGGUCUGCAAAGACUGUGAUGGUCUUUCAGCUGCUAUUCUUUCCUAAUGUGUUCAUUUAUUCAUGAAAGGAAAACAGAUUUAUUAACUCUGGGUUUGCAAUGGUAGGACCUGCACAAAAUUUUAUCAAAACGCUAUUGCAAAUAGUUUCUAAGUUACCAGUGGCUGUUACCUCAUGUAAAUGAGUUAUUUUACAUUUUGGGGAACUUGUGCAGCAUUCCUUGAGUCCAUAUGCUGUUUUCUUUGUAACUCAUCAAAGUGAUUGUGGCAUUGAUGUAGAAUAUUUCGUAAGGGCAAGGUGAACAUUCUUUAGUUGUAAAUGCUGUGGUUGUUGUGGGUUGAAUUUCGAGUGAAAAAUAUUAUUUCUUAGUAAUAUUUGUCAGAUGGGUCCAAGAUAAAUAGUUUAUUAGGUUUAUCCUUGCAUCCUGCAUCCAUUUUUAUUGUUUUCAGAAUGGGUAUUUCAUUUAAUCCCAUUAGUAACUGUUCUAUUUCACAGGUGAAGGAAGGAUGAGGGCUUGGGUAGAUUCUUUUGUUCAAAUUUUCUAUUCCAUUUGCUGUUCAUCAUGCAGUUUUGUAUGAGCAUUAUGGCGUACAUGCUGAGUGCAUAUGCACCUUUGUCUUUUUUAUUCAGAUCAGUAAUCAGUAAUUUAUUGUUUUUCUUCACACUCUGCUUUCUUUUGGUAACAAAGGACACUACUGUGCUGCAGGAGUAAAGUUUUUGUCAAGAAAACAUAUAUAACACAUUUUAGGGCUGGAGUAGACCAUCAUGACAUGGUCUUAAGUUUCUGAUAUGGUAAACAACAAAAAAAAAAUCUAAGAAAAGCCUCAAAUAUUUACUGUCCUCAGAACAAGUUUGUGCUGGAGAAUUGAUCACAAAUAUUUUGCUGCUGUUUUACAAUGUACCCUAAUGCAUUUUUGUUGAAACAGCAGUCUAAUUUAUCCUUUUUUUUUUUUUUUUUAGAUUUACUGUGAUAUUUGGGGUAUGGCUGGUGAGUUUAUCAGGAUUUUGAACUGGAAUUUGCAGCCUUGUGCUAGAAAGCAAAGAUUGAUUUGACUGAUAAUGAAGUGGGGAGAGAUCUCCAACUCAAACUCAAACUUUUAUUGACUAUGCCUGAGCCUAUUUUGAAGGAAAGGGAACAACAAUCUUAACCAUUAAUAUCUUUAUCAGUAUCAUGGACAUAGGCUGGAGUGUGUCAUGUGAAAAAUAAAAUUAACUUCAGUUAAUGCGAUCACAUCUUGAUCUCAUACAGAGAACAUAGAACCAAUGAAUUGUAUGAAACAAGAUGGCCACACUCGUAGGACACCAGGAACCUCUACCUUCAACAAUCAAGUGACAUAAGCUGGUCUUCUUUGGCCAUGUGACGGCACAACACCUUGUUGAAGACUAUCCUUCAAAGCGCCUUGGAGGGUAGUCAACACCGCAGUCACCUGAGGAAAAACUGGCUUAUGAAUGUCAAAGACUGAACUGGUCGUUCUGUAUAGGACCUGCUGACUAUCACUCACAAUAGGCAAGAGUGGAGGGGGUCUUUCAGCUGCCGUGUCUAUCCAUGUGAUCCCCCCAACGACAGGUGCCGGUCAAGGGUCGACUGACAUAAGAACAAGAACAGCAGUAUCAUCAUUAAAGCAUCAACAGUAGGUGAGACAACUUAGCUGCUGUCUAUGGCCAUCAGUUUUAUACACAUGGUUACAUGCACAAGGGGGUACGAAAGUGUAGAACUAAGAGCAAAUUAAGUAGGGUUCUUGGUUAUCAAUGUAAAUGUAUGAUCAGUAGUGCUAUAUUCAAUGUAAACAAUUUGAUCAAUAGUGCUACAAUCCUUUUGGAACACAGCCUGCUCUUCCUUGUGUCAUUUUGUUUAACCCAUUGUGUGACUCUUAUGACUAAUAUACCUUACUACAAAUAUGUAGAAAUGAUAUGCUGCUAUAAUUCUCUAGCUGUGAAGUAUUUCCCUUUUUGGAUAGCAGUUUCUGUCCAUGAAUCAGGGUACUCAAAUAUUAAAAAUUUACAAGAGGCUUAAUUCUUUUCCAGUUAUAGAACUAUUCCUGAUAUCAGCAUCUUCAUUGCCAGUAUUAUUAGGAGGUAUGUUAUCGUGACCAGGUGUCACAAUUUUCACAAAUUUUUGAAUUCAAUUAUUCCUUGCAUGUGAAGCAGGGGAAGGGCGACACAGACAUUUUGCAACACACUAGACACAUCCUGUGACAGUGUAUUUGGCGGUUAAAUUUGUUAGCUGUUGGGCAAUACAAAAAGAGAGCAGCUUUGUACAUCAACUGCCCACUGGCAGUAUAAAACAGAAAUCAUCUAUGUGCUUUAAAACAUCACCCACUAAUGCAUGGUUCUACUCCACUUAUGCUCAAAACCUUAACUCCUACAUGCACUUGUAGGUAUAUGCAUGCAUCCACACACACACAUACCAACAUGCACAUGCUUAAGAUAUACUGGUAGGUGGAAAUAAGCCAUUGGGAAAGAUCUGGUCUUGCCUUUCAAGUCUUUGAGUGUUUAUUUUUUCAGCCUGAUUAUGUAAUGAUUACUUGUUUACUCUUCAAUGGUUCUUGUGCUGAUGCUUUUUCUUCUGCCUUAACUAGAUUUUACAUCCUUUUAACCCUAACCCUUUUUUUUGUGAGGGCAGCAAAAUCUGGUGUCCUGUGUGUCAGUGGCUGAUUUUAAGAGCUUGACAUCUAGGGAGGUUUAUGGCGGUCAAAUUUUGUUGUUGUUAUGCACAAUUUGACUUUUUGUUUUUUGUAAGACCACAAAAAAUGAUUCCAUGGAUGCAUUUUAUGAUAGGACACCAGUAAAUACAAUGGAAAUGCUUUUGUAAAAUAUGCAUCCUAAAUCUGGCCUAAAAUUAUUCUAUAUUAGGGAUUAGAAAUACUAUUUUUAUUGUAGAACAUGGAUAAAAGAGAUUAAUAAUUAUGCUACAAUAAAUACAUCCCCUCAUUGUG